UGGGCCAGAAGAUGAGGAGGAAGCUCGGCAAAUGUUCACAAUAACGAACCCAGGUGAAAAUGGGGGUACUGGAGAAAUGAUCGUCGAUCUGUGGUGUCAUCCAUCUAUGUCAAGUCCGUUGAGGGAAGGCCUCACUCGAGAGGUCGAGGAAUUCAUGCAGAAUCGUAUGCGCGAAAUAUGGGCAAUUCGCGUUCCCACGUGGCGUGUGCAUGCAUUGCGAAACUCUCACAUCUUCAGAAGAAGAGAUUUGGGGUUCAAAUCGCAUUCCCUGACUCCAAGCGACCAACUUGGGACCAACAACCGAUCAAGAACAUGCCUAGUCCGAGACCAGGCGACGGGUCCGAAGUGCAGUUCACGAAGCUUAGGGGUUCUCAAGCUCAACUUCCCUUGAUGGAUCGCAUGAAGCGUUUUCUACAGGUCACUCUUCGAGUCCCCGCCCAAUUCCAUCGUGACCUCAAAUCAACAAAUGUCAUCAAGCGUCUCGAGUCCAUGGGCGUUGAUGCCCAAAUAUCCAACCCCAUGGAUGACCACUUUGAAUGUCUUCUAAGUGCAGUGCGCCAGGAGGAUCUGGAAGCAGGACAACAUGACAUUUCACGCAUGGCGAGCAGAAUAUCUAAGGGAUGGCCUGCCAUAGAUCCGCUGCCCACGGCGAAACGAAAAACAAGCAGGGAAGGCAAUGUGAUCAUCAACGAGCCAGAUCGUGUGAGAGACUUGCCUCCACCUCCACGAGGCGAGGGACCGAUCACACGGGAGCGAACAAGAUCGGUACGCGUUAAGCCCUAGGAUGCAAGCGACUGCACUAUGACGAAAUAAUACGCAGUGAUGAUGAACUCCGUUCCCCGUGCCAUAGGACUCGAACAACCCACCGCUCUACACCCAGUAUAUUCCGAUGCAACCACUUUUACCGCACUUAUCCACAGUCGUCCUUUUCUCCCACCAUCCACAAUUCCUUUAAUUCACUAACGUCCUGACUGUAAUUCCUUUCCCGCGAUUCAGCGUGUAUAAUGACAGCAUGCUGGUAGGGCGUCAUUUGUAUUUGAUAUUC